AUUACAGAUUCCGUACGAUACAGUCAAUAACAACAGAAACUAGCCAAAAUAAGUGACGAAAGGACGGAUAUAACGAUGCAGCUGAACGAUUGUUGUUUGUGCCUGAAUACAUUCACGGAUAGCAGCUUGUCCAUUGAUAAACCGGAUCUUAAGUCCCAGAUGGACAAGGUGUUUUACUUUUCGGUCGAACUUGAUGAAGGCCAACUGCGAAAUGUUUGCCACAACUGUUCGCACAAAAUUGCUGAGUUUUACGACUACUCGGAGAAGGUUCGAGUAAACCUGGGGAAGCUUUCGGGAUCGGUGUCGAUCGAGGAUAUCAAAAUUGAACCAGCAGAACUCGACAUUGGUGAGGAAGCUAAUGUUGAGGAUUCUGUUGAUGUUAAGGAAGAGCUUUUGGAUAGCGAUAAAGAGGAGUUGAUCGCUGAGGCUCCUCCACCGGUUAAGAAGCCGAAGAAGAAGCUGAUCAACAUAAAACCUAAAGAACAAUUGGCCGAAGAGAACAAGAAAUUGAACGAAUUCUUCCAGAUGAGGUGUGACAUGUGUGAGGAAACGGCGGAAUCUUUCAACGCGCUGAAGAGUCACUUCCGGUCGAACCAUGGCCGGCAUGGGUACAUUAUGUGCUGCAAAAAGAAACUUUCAAAGCGCACACAUUUGCUUGAACAUCGUGAGUGGCAUCUGAACCCGAAGGCGUUUCGAUGCGAGUUGUGUAACAAGAACUACAAGAACAAGUUCUUUCUGUCGGUGCACCAGCUCAAAGUACAUGGCACAGACGAGGAUCGUCCCUUCAAGUGUGACCAAUGUCCUCAGUCGUACGUCAAAUCCUACCAGUUGCGACUGCAUCUGGAGAGCCACAAAAAGGUCGAAUGCCCCAUCUGCCACCGGGUGCUGGCCAACAAGACCACGCUAAGCUCUCACAUGACGAACGCCCACAGCGACGUCGAUCGGCGGAUGAUCUGCGAGACGUGCGGGCAGGGAUUCCUCAGCAAAACCACCUUCGAGCGGCACGUGAAGGCGCACGCCGGAAUCGAGGUGAUCCAGCGGGUGCAGUGCCAGAUCUGCCAGAAGUGGCUUCGCGGCGAGAUAGUCCUGAGCCGACACAUCGCGUAUGUGCACGGCGAUCCGGGCCAGAUGCACGUGUCGUGUGACGUAUGCCAGCAGGUCUACCCCAGCCCGAGGGCCCUGGCCAGCCACAAACGGACGGUGCACGUGCCCGAGAGGUUCGAGUGCGAGUUUUGCGACAAGAAGUUUAAGCAGCAAGUUAAUUUGCGGGAACAUCGAACGCAGCACACCGGAGAACGGCUGUACGCUUGCGAGCACUGUGAUGCGACGAUGAACUCGAGGGCGCACUUUGCCGUGCACAUCAAGAAGCAUCAUCCGGUGGAGUGGGCGGCGAAGAAACAGGAUGUAGGGGGUUAGGAUUUGUAUUGAGAUUUAUCAUAAAAUAAACAAGCUUUUUAAGUGGA